UUUACAACCCUAAUUAAAGUUUCAACAUACUACCAUUUUAUUAUUUUGACAGAAAGACUAGCAUCCAUCGUCAUAAAAAAAAAAUCGACUUAUGUGCUCCAUAAACUGAACUCCGAUCUUCGGCCAUUUUGAAGUUGACCGUCGUUCAAGCUUGGAGUUCUACAAUGGCGGACGCAGCUCCAGCCGGUGGACGUGGCGGUUUCCGUGGUGGCUUUGGUUCUCGCGGUGGUGAUAGAGGUCGUGGAGGCCUGCGCGGGCGUGGACGUGGACGCGGCAGAGGCCGUGGUCGCGGCAAGGAAGAUCAGAAGGAAUGGAUACCAGUGACCAAAUUGGGUCGGCUGGUACGCGAAGGCAAGAUCGACAAACUUGAGAGCAUCUAUUUGUUCUCUUUGCCCAUCAAGGAAUUUGAAAUAAUUGACUUUUUCCUUGGCUCUGCAUUAAACGAUGAAGUAUUGAAGAUCAUGCCUGUACAGAAACAAACACGUGCCGGACAAAGGACCCGUUUCAAAGCUUUUGUGGCUAUUGGCGAUAACAAUGGACAUAUUGGUCUUGGAGUCAAAUGCAGCAAAGAAGUUGCAACAGCUAUUCGUGGCGCUAUUAUUCUUGCCAAGCUCUCAGUACUGCCUGUGAGACGAGGUUACUGGGGUAACAAGAUCGGAAAGCCUCAUACUGUACCUUGCAAGGUAACUGGCAAAUGUGGCUCUGUAACUGUGAGGUUAAUACCUGCCCCCCGAGGUACUGGUAUUGUGUCGGCCCCUGUUCCCAAGAAACUGCUUCAAAUGGCUGGUGUUGAGGACUGCUACACAUCAGCCCGUGGCUCUACUGGCACCUUAGGGAACUUUGCUAAGGCAACAUAUGCUGCAAUAGCAAAGACCUAUGCCUACCUUACCCCAGAUUUAUGGCGGGACAUCCCACUUACAAAGUCACCAUACUCUGAAUUCAAAGUUUAAAUUUCUUAAUGUGUAAAUAAACACAUGCAACUUA